AUGUCAAUUUUGUUAGUGCCAAACAUUUUAAGUGCAUUUGUACGGAAGAUUUUUCCACCUAAAAGCAAACGGCUUGAUGGAUUAGUCGUAUUGGUGACUAGUGCUGGUAGUGGCCUGGGGAGAGAGUUGGCCCUCGGGUUUGCCCACCACGGAGCCUCGGUGGCCUGUGUGGACGCUGACAAGAGAGCGGCGUUGGAAACAGCUGAGGAGAUUGUCAGAGACGGUGAGAGGGCUAAGGCAUACCAUACGGAUGUGAGGAGCCCAGAGCAGGUUGCCAAGCUGAGUGAGGCGGUGGCUAGGGACCUUGGUCUUUUGGACAUCCUUGUUGUCUACCACACGUCCUUCGUCUCACAAGCUGUGGAGGACACUUUGGACUCAACUGCCAGGACAUUGGUCGAAGACAACUUUCUCAGCCAUGUCUGGAUGGUGAGAGAGUUCCUGCCCCGCAUGAAGCAGCGAGGUGCGGGUCAUAUAGUAUCAGUGACAUCACUAGCAGGGCAGGCUGGCUUGGCGGGGGCUGCUGUAUACUCUGGUACCUGCUGGGCUGUCAAUGGUUUUAUGGAAAGUGUGAAAACGGAAGUUCUCUUGGAAGGGCAUGAUAACAUACAAUUCACAAUAGUGAAUGCAGCUGUUAUGGAUACUUCACUAUCAAAAAACUACUCACUAAAUGCAAUACAGAGGUUAGGUACUAGGUUGCCAGAGGUGGUUGCUGCCUACGUCAUCUCUGGAGUGAGAAGAAACCUAGUAUAUGUCAACAUACCUGAGCAGAUAUACUGGAUGUGUAUCUUGGCCAAACUUCUUCCAACUACAGUAGUUGACUGGGCACAUAAACUUUUUGGUAUGGAACCCAAACCAAGCAGCACCAAGACUCUGUAGAAGAUACGGACAGGAAAUUUCACUACAGAAGCCUUUCACUCAUAGCUCACCUAUAUUCUAAUAUAUAAAAGUGAGAUGGUGAGAUAGGGUUAGCAGAAACAUAAUUAUCGUGGUGAAGUUAAACUUUGUUUUUUAACCCUUUCGACUCUCAUUUUAGGGCUACGCAAACCAUGCCCUAGGUUUAAUAUAUUAUGCAGAGAUCAUUAAGCUUACUUGUAUUUAAACUUCAAAU